AUGAGGCGCUUUCUGAGCAGGAAGGGCCGCUUCUCUCUGCGCCAGAGCGUCAAGUCUGGCCCCCGGUGCGCCUCCAAGGACUUCUACCUGGGCCUGCCCACCAACAACCAGAACUGGCCCGAGGAGUUUGGCUUCCGGCUGGGCGGCGUGGGGCCCAGCUACAUCCUGUCGGUGCUGGAGGGGAGCAGCGCCUUCCUGGCGGGCCUCCAGCCCGGAGACCAGGUGGUGGACAUCGAAGGCCAGGACGUCACCAACCUCAGCACUCCGGCACUCAUCGCCCUGGCGCAGACGCUCAAGACCGUGCCGCCCAGCAUCGGCGUGGUGUCGCGCCUCGAGCAGAUCGACAUCGCCCCUGGUCAGGACGGGCGCUUCGGCUUCACCAUCGUGGGCGACAGCCCGCUGAUGGUGGAGGACUGCAUGGCCGCCGGGCCGGGGGGCCGCAGCGGCCUCAAGGUGGGCGAUUACGUCAUGGAGGUCAACGGCAUCCCGGUGAAGCAGCACGACACGGCGGCGGCCAUGAUCAAGGCGGCGCAGGGCCGCCCGCUGCGCCUGGGCGUGCUCAGCAUGGCGCGGCGGCCCAAGCGCCUCAGCAGCAGCAUGCGCGUCCUGUCACAGAGCGGGGACAGCGUCCGCGACAACCGCGCGCACAAAGCCAUCGAGUUCAACAAGAAGGUGGAGGAUGUGCUUGGGGAGGAGCCUGAUGUGAAGGAGCAGCUGUUUGAGGUGCUGAAGCAGUACGCCACGGAGAGAGACGUGGACAGCCUGGCUGAGGCCCUGCCAGACAUCCUGAUCACGGACAAUCACCAGCAGCUAAUAGACAGCGUCAGGAUCUUCAUUCCCAAGAAGCACCGGGAGCGCUUCGACGACGUGGUGUCCCAGAGUCUGAUGAGCCGCAUCAAGGGGCGGAGCUUCAGCGACCCCAGCCGCAACCGCCUUCGCCGCAGCCGCAGCGAAGACCACCCGGAGCGCCUGCUGGUGUCCACGCGUGCCAGCUCUGUGCCGCGCACACACGCCGAGGAAGGAGUCAUGCCCACCCGUGGCAUGCGGAAGACCACCUCCCUCAUCGCUGGGCAUUCCGCCGGGGGCCCCCCCCCCAGGACAGUGAGGGUGUGCAAGGGCAACUUGAGCUUUGGCUUUACACUCCGAGGCCAUGCUCCUGUCUGGAUUGACUCAGUCAUCCCCGGCAGCCCAGCUGACAAGGCGGGUCUCAAACCGGGGGACCGCAUUCUGUUUCUGAACGGACUGGACAUGAGGACGUGUUCCCAUGAGAAGGUGGUGUCCAUGCUGCAGGGCAGUGGGGCCAUGCCUUCGCUGGUAGUGGAGGACGGCCCGGCCUCCUUCUCCCUGGUAGAGCAGCAGGAGCUGGUGGGAGGAGGAGGAGGAAUCAGCGGAGGGGGUCCACCCAUGGAGGGCUCCCGCUCCCCGGUGUUGAGCUCCCUGCAGUGGGUCGCUGACAUUCUGCCUCCCAGCAUCAGGGUCCACGGCCGCACCUUUGGCCAGCAGUUGGAGCACCUGCUGACCAUCCAGGAGAGGUACACUAUCUGCAAGGCCCUGGAGAACUUCUUCCAGCACAGGAACGUUGACACUCUGAUCGUGGAUGUGUUCCCGGUGUUGGACACCCCGGCCAAACAGGUGAUCUGGCAGUUCAUCUACCAGCUGCUCACCUAUGAGGAGCAGGAGCACUGCCAGAGCAAGAUCACGCGCUUCCUCGGGUUCAAAGCCUCCGCAGUCCCCCCUCCACCGCCACCGCCCCCCCCUCCCCUAGAGCAUGAUGGGGCCCCUGAGCCCCACCGGCGGAGCAGCUCCAUGAGGGUGACCGGCACCACGUACCGUAGCAGCGUCAGGGGCCGCAGCUCUGACGACCUGGUCAUAGGCACCCAUCUGGGGAUGGGUUACCGUGGAGAGCCAGUGCUGGAGACGGGGAUGAGGCUGGCUCCGGGGGAGAGACAGUCAGGGGACGGCACCUCCCUGCCUGAGACCCCCAACAACCUCACCAAUCUGUCAGCAGUGUACGCAGAGCUGGAGAACAUGUAUUCGUCCAAGAGGUCCAAGUCCCUGAAGAACCGCCCUCCCCCAGCCCAGGACAGCCUCCUCGAGGUGGAGCCCAUCUCGCGCACCUCCUCCCCCACAAUGCUCGCCAGCACAGGCGGUCGCAAGGGACCCCCACCGCCGCCCACAUCAUGGCCAGAACCAAUGGCCAGUCCCCCGGAUGCCCCGUUCUACAGCUCCGGGAUGCCCACCCAGAUCAGUGCUGAGUCGAACCCUUACGUAAGCCUGGACAGCCCCCCGCCCUCGCCGCCCAACCCCCCAGACUACCCCCCAAGCCCUGUGGGGCAUCGCAGCAGCAAGCGGCGCUACACCUUCUCCAAGCCGCCCCGGUCAGAAGACACCGAUCGCUUCCUGGACGCCCUCAGUGAGCAGCUGGGACAGAGGGUGGCCAUCGUCGACGAUUUCCUGAGUCCUGAGAAUGACUACGAAGAGGAUGUUGUCCAGAUGAGCUUUCCAGACGAAGAGGACGAAGAGGACGAUGAAGAUGACCUGGGAGAGGACGACGAGGAGAACGGGGGCUUCGUGGCCCCGGAGCUCAGCAGCCCGAGUGACGUGCAGAGCAGCAGUGCAGAGGAGGAAAACGCCUCCUCCCUCACCUAUUCAUCCUCCUCCGACCACAUCCCGCCUCCGCCCAUGACUCCUCCCCCCCCGCCGCCCAUCCAGUUCAAUGACACACCACCUCCGGCGCCUCCCUCUGCCCCGACCGCAGCCCAGCCACCUCCUCCGCCUCCUCCCCCUCCUCCUCCUCCGCAGCUACUACUGGUCUACAGCCCCGAGCACUCCCCCAGAGCCUAUGUGCCCAUGCGCCGCAAGUCUGGACCCCCUCCUCCACCUCCCCCCAGGAGCAAUCUGCCGCAUAAGCGGCAGUCCCUUCACAAAGUCCUGCCCGCCAGAGAAGACGUACAGGUCCGUGCUACGAUACAGGAGCUCAAGGCCUUCCAGGAACAGCAGGCCUACCGGGAGAGACAGGUCUACGAGGAGCAGCAAGCGACCCAGGAGCGAGAGGCCUACAAGGAACAGAAAGCCUAUGAAGAGCAACAACUGUACCAGGAACAGCAGGCCUACCAGGAGAGGCAGGCCUACCAGGAGAGACAAGCUUACAAAGAGAGACAGGCCUACGAAGAGCAAAAGGCUUACGAGGAGCAAAAGGCCUACGAAGAGCAAAAGGCUUACGAGGAGCAAAAGGCCUAUGAGGAGCAGAAGGCCUACGAAGAGCAGAAAGUCUAUGAAGAGCAACAGGCCUAUGAGGAGCAGAAGGCCUAUGAUGAACAGAGGGCUUACGAAGAGCAGAAAGCCCUCCAAGCCAAACAGAUCUAUCAGGAGCUCCAAGAACGACAGGCAUACGAGGAGCAGAAGGCCUACCAGGAGCAGAAAGCUUUCAAGGAGCGCCAGGCCUACCAUGAGCAGCAAGCCUACCAACAAGAGAAGCAGCAACUGCAACAAAUCUAUCAGAGCCACCAGUCGCUCCCCGCCCAGCAUUCACCCCACUCGCCACAUCUCCUCCAGCAGCUUCACCAAUCCCUGCCCCCUCUUCCUUCUCCCGACUCCAACCGAACGCGCACUAAUCACCCUCUGUACCAGAUGCAGCAACCCUCAUCCCAACAAACGGCCCACCCAGGUCAACAGGGUCACUACAUCGAAGGCGUCUACCAAAGCCGCAAAAGUCUAAAGGCCCAGGCUCACCAUGCGUCGGCUGAGAUGCUCAACCAGAUGCACCAAGCCCAGGCUCAAGCCCUCCACUCGUCCGCCGAAAUGAUCCACCACAUGCAGCAGGCGCAAACCCGCCACGCCUCCAAUGAGAUGCUGAACCAAAUGCACAAGGCCCAGGCCCACCACUCUUCGUCGGAGUUCCUGCACCACCAAGCCCACCAGAUGCACCACGAGCAGCCUCACCACACAUCCACGGAGCUCCUCAGCCAGGUUCACCGACUGAGUCAGAGGCAGCCGCACCAUUCCUCCAGCGAGCUGCUUCAUCAGAUGCACAAAGUCCAAGCACAUCAUUCCUCUACAGAGCUGCUCCACCAGGCCCAUCAGAUGCAGCAAGCCAAGCCCCACCACUCCUCUGCUGAGCUGCUGCACCAAACCCAGCAAGACCCCGCCUCCCUGCCGGUCCAGUUCACCCGAGAGAGCUCGUCUCACCAGAGCCGAAGGAGCCUAAAGGGGCACCAUCAGCACCAGAUCCAUCACCCGCAGCCCAACAAACCCUCUCCCCAGAGACCCCACUCCAUCCAGCAGAUCCACCACCCCCAUUCCCCUUCCCCUCAGAUCCACCACAUCCAUCACAUGACCCCUCAGCCCCCUCCACAGGACUACCAGCCCCAGAUCCACCUGAUCCACCCCCCACAAGGUCAGCCAGCCCACAGGCCCCAGCCACUCCUCUCCACCUUCCAGCCGCUACAGCCUCACCAGACCACACCCUCUACCUUCCAGGCCUUGCCCCAGCACCCUCAACCCCACCAGGCCCAACCUCCAGGCCAAGCUACCCGCCCGCAGUCCCAGCCCUCCCACCACCUGCUGCAGUGUCAGCCCCCAUUGCAGCCCCACCACAAGCAGUCCCAGGGCCAGGUCCAGCCACAAUCCCUGCCACACUCUCUGUCGGACCCUCCGAAACACCCGGAGCCUCCUCUGCCGCCGCCUCCUCUGCCUCCCCCCUGCUCACCUCCCCCCCUGCCCAGGCCUCCCCUGUCCAGGAUGGACUCUCAUCACAUGAGCGUGAAGAGGCUGCGCUGGGAGCAGGUGGAGAACUCAGAGGGCACUAUCUGGGGAGAGUUUGGGGCCAAUUCGGACUACGACAAGCUGAAUGACAUGGUGAAAUACCUGGAUUUAGAAUUGCAUUUUGGGACUCAAAAGAGCCAAGUGUCGGUUCCAGAGCCAUUGCUUCAACCAGAGACGUUCAAAAAGAAAGACGUUAUUGAAAUCCUCUCCCAUAAAAAAGCCCACAACGCCUCCAUCCUUAUUGCUCACCUGAAGCUGUCGCCGGGGGAGCUUCGUAAGGUGCUCAUGACCAUGGCCUCUGACAGGCUGGAGUCGGCGCACAUCAAGCAGCUGCUGCUGUACGCCCCAGACGCCGGGGAGGUGAAGCAGUACGAGCAAUACCGCCAGGACCCCAGCAAGCUCAGUGAGCCUGACCAGUUCGUAUUGCAGAUGUUGUUGGUUCCCGAGUAUAAGACGCGUCUCCAGAGCCUCCACUUCAAGUGUUCCCUGCAGGAGAAGACGGAUGAGCUUCGAGGAGGCUUUGACUGUAUCUACAAGGCCUCGCUGGAGCUCAAGACUAGCAAGAAGCUGGCCAAGAUACUGGAGUUUGUGUUGGCAAUGGGCAACUACUUGAACAAUGGUCAACCAAAGACCAACAAGACCACAGGCUUCAAGAUCAACUUCCUCACAGAGCUUAGCACCACCAAAACAGUUGAUGGGAAGUCAACAUUUCUGCACAUCCUGGUCAGGUCUCUGUGCCAACAUUUUCCUGACGUGCUGGACUUCUCCAAAGACCUAACCAUGAUUCCACUGGCAGCCAAAGUGAACCAGAGGGCAAUCACGUCGGACAUGAACGACCUCCACACGACCAUACAGGAGACCAGAGCCGCCUGCCAGAAGAUGCCUGCUACUUCUGAGGACCGCUUUGCCGUCGUCAUGAGUAACUUCCUGGAGAACAGCCACCCGGCCAUCCAGUCCCUGGAGUCUCUGCAGCAGAGGUCCAUGGAGGAGUUCGCCCGCACCUCCUCCUACUUUGGGGAGGACAGCAAGGCCACCAACACAGAGGUCUUCUUUGGCAUCUUCAGCGAGUUCCUGAGCAAAUUUGAGAGAGCUUUAAGUGAUCAACAGACCGGGGAAAUCCCCAAGAGUCCAAGAAGUCCACGGAUUGCCUCGCCGUUGGCCUGGUAA